GUCAGUUUCGGCAUUUUGAUUUUGAUGGCAUCACCAGAACUGAGAACCAGUUAGGGUUACGGCGCCACCCGUCGAUUGGGGCGGUUUCGUGGGUUAUACGCACAUGUCGCGUUACCUACUGUUCCCUCCUCGAUCAAGCUAGGUACAUACCCAGCCCGGCCAUCACCUCAGGAACGGCAUUGGAAGCGCCGGUAUAGCAACGGGAUGAUCGCCGGGCGACCAUGAAACGUAUCUGCUGGAGAUCCGGGUAAAUCGAGACCGCAAACGGGACAUACCUACCGGAGCUAAGAGAGAAACGGAGGAGUGUUAACACACAGCGGGAGGAAAGAAGAAAGCAAAAACACUCCACCGGAGGAAAGAAAAGGGGAACGACAGAAGAAGACGAAAAAUGUCGCUGAGCGACCAUCCCAGGGCCUACGGCACCGUCGCCGUCGCCGUCGCUUUCCUGGCCGGUGUCCUCGUCACCCUCGGGCUCAAGGACCUGUACCCGGACCUGGAGCGGCGCUUCCAGCAGCGGGCGGCGGCGGGCGGGCGGCGGAAGGCGAACGGCAGCGCGCUGCGCCCCAAGCCGAGCCUGUUCUGGGGCGGCGGGCCCGUGUCUCUCGAGGACCACGACGGCGACGCCGCCGCCGCCAGUGGGGGCGCGGGCGAAGACGGCAUCCGAGACGGCAUCGAGGGCUGCAUCGGGCGCACGCCGCUGGUCCGGAUCCGCAGCCUGUCGGCGGCGACGGGGCGCACCAUCCUGGCCAAGGCGGAGCUGCUCAACGGCGCGGGUAACAGCCCCAAGGACCGCGUGGCGCUAGCCACGAUCGACGCCGCCGAGGCCGCCGGCCAGCUGGUCCCCGGGCGCGGCGACACCAUCUACGAGGGCACGGUCGGCAGCACGGGCAUCUCACUCGCCGCGCUCGCCCGCGCCCGCGGCUACCGCGCCCACAUCUGCAUGCCCGACGACCAGGCGCGCGAGAAGUCGGACCUGCUGCACCACCUCGGCGCCGCCGUCGAGCGCGUCCCCGUCGCCCCCUUCGCCGACCCGGCCCACUACGUCAACCUGGCGCGCCGCCGCGCCGCCGAGCACGCCGCGCGCCACGCCGACGGUAGCGUCGGCUUCUUCGCCGACCAGUUCGAGUCGCCCGCCAACCACGCGGCGCACCGGCGCGCCACCGGCCCCGAGAUCCUGCGCCAGGCCGGCGGCCGCGUCGACGCCUUCAUCGCCGGCGCCGGCACCGGCGGCACCCUCUCCGGCGUCGCGCGCUACCUCAAGGAGGACGCCCGCCUGACCGCCGUCCGCGUCGUCCUCGCCGACCCCCACGGCAGCGGCCUCUACCACCGCGUCCGCCACGGCGUCAUGUACGCGCCGACCGAGCGCGAGGGCACCCGCCGCCGCCGCCAGGUCGACUCCAUCGUCGAGGGCGUCGGCGUCAACCGCGUCACCGCCAACUUCGAGGCCGGCCGCGACCUCGUCGACGACGCCGUCCGCGUCUCCGACGCCCAGGCCUGCCGCAUGGCCCGGUGGCUCGUCGAGCACGACGGCAUCUUCGCCGGCAGCAGCACCGCCGUCAACUGCGUCGCCGCCGUCGUCACCGCCCUGUCCCUCCCCGAGGGCAGCGUCGUCGUCACCAUCCUAUGCGACUCCGGCACCCGCCACCUUAGUAAGUUCUGGAAGCACAUCGCCGAGAUGGGCCUUGAGGAGGAAGGAAACGGGUCCAAGCCCGAGGACCUGCUGGCCCUGCUAGAGAUCGAAAGGCCGACGCGGUGAACUUCCCUCCGCCAUCGCAGUAUAUGUGUGCAGAGUCUUCGCGAGAUACAAUCUAAAGAGAACAACCCCGAAUCUAGACAUCAGUCACGAGGAAUAGAGGGAGAGGACAGAAAAGAAAAGAAAAGGAGAGACUUGGGAGUAAUCAAUUGGGAUUUACUAGCAGGCUAACCACCGGAAUACGCUAAAAACCCACGAGGGUGUGCCAUUCUUCAUCUAUGAUACAGACCGCCACACACGCUGCCAUUUGGAGUCGUAGUUAUAAAAGGGGAUUCGGCGCGGGAGAGGGCCACAUCGUCUACGAACAAGCCCUCAAAAGGACACGGCUUUCUUCAUUCUCGAAUUCCCUCGCCUGACACUGUCCGUAACUCCUCGCAAACUCGUUGCAAAUUAAAAAAAAAAAAAAAAAAAAA